CAUGCCAUGAUUAAGAAAUUAGAAUGACUCAUCCAUGCAUUGUUACGGUGCUAUGGCAUUUUCCUUCUUAGAUGCAUGUGAAUUAUUAUAAGGAUGAGGACGACGCAUACAUUUGGUUUUCCUUCUGCUCAUGAUUACAUUAACAGGAACUUUUUCUCUACCACGCAGACACUAAUUGGUAUGGCACUCAUAUCUGCUCGUGCACAACGAGCUCCAAAAUCAAAGGUCAAACGAAGUGGAUCUGCUGAUGCACAACCACCUCCAGAAUCGAAGGUCCCACCAAGUGGAUCUGCUGGUGCACAACCGCCUCCAGAAUCAAAGGUCCCACCAAGUAGACGUCCUAAACUAUCUGAUCCUACGAAGGAGUACAAGGACAUGACAAACACUCUUUUGUUGGUUUCGACCCUUGUUGCCACAGUGACAUUUGCUGCUGGUUUUACCAUGCCAGGUGGCUACAACAGCUCUAACCCAAAUGCCGGCAUGGCUACCUUGCUGAUGAGAAAUAUGUUCCAUGUAUUCGUGAUCUGCAAUACCAUUGCUAUGCAUACCUCCAUCCUCGCCGCAAUCACCCUCAUCUGGGCACAUUUACAUGAUACCUUUUUAUUUAAUAUUUCCAUCCAGUGGGGCUUGGCAUUCUUGGGGCUGGCCGUUAUCUCAAUGUCCUAGGGCUUCAUGGCAAGUGUUUACCUGGCGGUCAGUAAUCUUCAUUGGCUCGCAGUUGUUGUUUUAAUUAUUGGAAUCAUCUGCCUUGUCGGUCUCUUAAUACUCUUACAUUUACUCUUUCUCCCAGAUAGCUCUACUAAUUGUAUCGUUAGGUACAUCUCCUAUUAUCCGUUUCUUAUACUGGUAUGGGCAUCUAGCCCCAAAAUCAAACGGAAAGAUUAGCUCGCUCUGUUGAUAAUGUAUGCUAGCUCCAUCUUCUCCUAUGUCUGUUUCUUCUUUCAGCAUGAUCUCAAUGACUUCGUAGACAAGUAUGUUAUGUAUAAAUGCUUAGUGUGAUCAGAACUUCAAUACAUUGGUGGUGUUGUACAUGAUCAUCUGUCAUAUAAAUCUGUAGUUUUUGGAGCUGUAAUUUGUGAAAUAUUCUAUGUCAAUCAGGCAGUUCU